ACACAUGGGCAGAGGGGCUCCUUAACUGUUGUUUUCAAUUUCGCGUUUGUAUUGUAUGAUUAACGUUCUAAACAAAAUAAAUAAAAUAAUAGAAAAAAGGGGAGGUUGUUGUUGUUGUCGAUGAUAGUGGUGAGAGUUGGGCAAACUUAGCUUUGUGAAUGAAGAAGAAGAAGCAAGAUAUCUCCGAUGAUUCAGGCGAAUAAAUCGACAUCUACCCAUUUUAUUUUAUUUCAAUUCAAUUUCUCUACUGGGUUUCUCUCCUUUUCUCUGAUUCUACUCUUAUCCCAUCUUACCAUUAAUGCCUGUGGUCCUCUCCUCUGUUUCGGUUUUCAUUAUUCUUUAAUUUCUUUUAGCCGCGAUUUCUGAUCCUAAUCUCUAUGCGUUGAUGUCUGCAUAUCAAUCUUGUAGAGAGAUAUCCGAAGUUGGUGUCACAGAAGAUCACGAUGAUGAUGAAAAUAAGGUGGGUUGUGGGUCCCCUGGCGGAGGCAGUGUUGAUAUCGACAAAAAGAAUAAUAGGAAGAAGAAGAAGAAGAAGGAGAGAAGUGGAUAUGGGUGGCGUGAUGGGGAUUUCGCUAAAGCAAAGAAGGUGGUCCUCCUCCAAUUUACAAAGACCAAGAAAUAUCUGAAGCACAGCAGGACAAACUCCAAUAAAGGGCCUUCUUCGGAGAAUGCAAGUACUACAGCUACUACAGGUAAGAGGGGUGUUAUUGGUAAUUGCCUUUGUUUGAAGAAACCUUCUACUGUGGAAUCUCCUGCUGAGUCUCAAACAAGUGAUCCUAAUGAUCCUAACUUCACCUUUGAUAUGUUGAGGAUUUUGAUUGAGAAGAAUGAUUUUUACUCCAAAGAAUGCAACCCCCAUAUAGCUGCUACUCCACUCUCCUUUUCUAAUAGACUUUCUGGAUGAAAGUUAAGAGCUUUUUGCUAAAUUGCUUUGAGAUUAAGCUUCAUAGAGGUUGCAGCCUUUGCAGGAAUUGAGACAAAAUCAUAUUUGGUUGAUGAAUUUUAUGAUAUUAAAGAGGUUUUAUCGGCUUUGGGCAUUCAUUCAUUCAUUUUAUUGGUGCUCUAUGUGAUGAGGACCAAGUGUGAUCAGAUGUAUAUAUUUACUGGUUUCUUGAGUUUACUCUGAGGCUUACCCAUGAUGAAAUUGUGGAACCUUAGCCUUGUCUUCUCAGCAAUUAUCCACCUUGGAUCAUAAAUUAGAAUCUGCUGACUUCUAGAAGUUCCUGAUCCUACAAGGUGCAUGAACAUAAUACUUGUGGCUGAUAGAUGAAAUGCAAGUGCAAUGUAUAUGGCCUGUUUGGCUUCCUGACUACUUCCUCUUAGAUAAUGAGAUUCAAUACCAGAAUACUGUCAGUAUGAUGCACAGAAUGGAAGCAAUGCGCCUGUAUUUGAGCUUGAAUGUUACAGGAAGAGGCCAUGAAGGCCUUAGAGCAAUGUAGCAAAUCAUCUUGGAUAAUUGGCAUGCACCUUUGGAAAUUUUACAGGAAUAAGUAAUGGGUAUUGAGAUUUGUGCAAAUUGACUAAAGUGUGUAUAUGAACACAGAUAUAAAUAUAAAUAUUCAAUCUAAAGAUUAUUAA